AUGACAGUUACACCAAAAAAGGAGCGAAUGGGAAGAAGGAAAAGCGAUCCGGGAACUGUUGGAAAUCGAUCAAAUGCGGAUAAGUCAGAUAGUUUUUUUUUAUUUUGAAAAAAAAUCAAAUUUCUUCAGAAUCGCGACUUGUGAGCUACCUUGGGGUGGAACAAGAAUGGUGGCAUUGGGACCAUUGGAUUUGACACAAUUAUCCGGAUCUUUCGUCGGACAAUCAACACUUUUAGAUUUAUUCAACAUGUUUGAAAGGAAAUUGAAUUCAGUGAUUGAAGAUGAGCCAAUCGAAAAGCUAUUGAAUAAAACAUUGCAAAGAGGUGGCGAUAUGUAUUUUGAUAAUCUUUGUCGAACUCUUCACGGUGUAUCAGAAGUCUGUCUACCUGCAGUUUUGAAAAAUCUACUGAUUUGGUAUGAAAAAUACGAGGAAACGUUGAGUUUAUCCAUGCUUGCGACGGGUUUGAGCAAUGAAAAUCGAAAUAAACUUGUGAAGAAAUUACUGGCGAUUAAUUAUUUGUUUUGCCUGGUUUUGAUUGAGAUAUUGCCGCAAGUUGAAUUUCAUCUACCACAAUGUGAUGUGUAUAUCAAAAAGAUUUUGGAUAUAUGUUUUCGAAAUGUGCAAUAUAAAGAGGUGGCACAAUUGGGCAUCAAUAAUACGAAUCAUUUGGUUGUGGCGGAGACUUAUGGAGAGGUUAUUGGAGUUUUGAGUGGACCCUAUUUUUCGCAUAUUCAUAGGUAUAUUUUUGAUUUUUUGAGGGAAAUUUUCAGAAAUUUUCAAUAUUUUCACGGCAUUUUGAUUUAGAAACGUAUUUUUCAUUCAAAAAACAUGUUUUCUAGUGAAUUUUUACCUCGAUCCUGUUGUCAAAAAUUGCAAAACUCGAUUCUUGAACUUUGCCACGUCAUAACUUAUUUUCAGAGUUAGGCUAAGCUAUUUUUGACGUCAGGAUCUUGAUCAGCAGGUCAAAAUUCAUCUAGGAACCUUUGAAAAUACAAAUUUUCAAUAUUUUCACGGCAUUUUGAUUUAGAAACUAGGAAAAAACGUAUUUUUCAUCAAAAACAUGUUUUCUAGUGAAUUUUUACCUCGAUCCUGAUAUCAAAAAUCUACUUAGCUCAACUCUGGACUUUGCCACGUCAUAACUCAUGUUCAGAGUUGAGCUAAGCUAUUUUUGACAUCAGGAUGAUGAUCAGCAGUUCAAAAUUCAUCUAGGGACUUUUUAAAAUUACAAAUUUUCAAUAUUUUCACGGCAUUUUGAACGUGGCAAAGUUUGAAAAAUCGUAUUUUUCAUUCAAAAACAUGUUUUCUAGUGAAUUUUUACCUCGAUCCUGAUGUCAAAAACUUCCUAUCUCAACUCUGGACUUUGCCACGUCAUAACUUGUGUUCAGAGUUGAGCUAAGCUAUUUUUGACAUCAGGAUCUUGAUCAGCAGGUUAAAAUUCAUCUAGGGACCUUUGAAAAUACAAAUUUUCACGGCCUUUUGAACAAGAAACUAUGAAAAAUCGUAUUUUUCAUCAAAAACACGUUUUCUAGUGAAUUUUUACCUCGAUCCUGAUGUCAAAAUCUACUUAGCUCAACUCUGGACUUUGCCACGUCAUAACUCAUGUUCAGAGUUGAGCUAAGCUAUAUUUGACAUCAGGAUCUUGAUCAGCAGGUUAAAAUUUAUCCAGGGACCUUUAAAAAUAGAAAUUUUCACGGCAUUUUGAACAAGAAAUUGUCAAAAAUAAAGAAAUUUGAGUUUUCUAGUUGAUUUUUACCUGCUGAUCAUUAUCCUGAUGUCAAAAACUGCCUAUCUCAACUCUGGAACUUUGCCACGUCAUAACUCAUGUUCAGAGUUGAGCUAACUAGCUUUUGACAUCAGGAUCUUGAUCAGCAGGUCAAAAUUCAUCUAGGGAUUUUCAAAAAUAUGGAAAUUUGUAUUUUCUAGUUGAUUUUAACGAGCUGAUCAAGAUCCUGAUGUUAAAAUCUACUUAUUUCAACUCUGAAACUUUGCCACGUCAUAACUCAUGUUCAGAGUAGAGCUAGGCUAUUUUUGACAUCAGGAUCUUGAUCAGCAGGUCAAAAUUCAUCUAGGAACCUUUGAAAAUACAAAUUUUCAAUAUUUUCACGGCAUUUUGAUUUGGAAACUAUGAAAAAUCGUAUUUUUCAUCAAAAAACAUGUUUUCUGGUUGAUUUUUACCUGCUGAUCAUUAUCCUGAUGUCUAAAAUUGCAAAAUUCAACUCUGAACAUGAGUUAUGACGUGGGAAAUUUUGAAAAAUGAUUUCAAAAGUUAUUUAAAGUAAAUUCAAACUUUGCCACGUCAUAACUCAGAUUUUUCCAGAAUCUUCAUGACUCAUAUUAACGAACUAAAAAAGGAUAUCUCACAAAUCGCUUCCCAUCAAAUAAUUGCAUUAAUAAUGGCAAUGAAAUUUGUGAAAAUCAAAACGAAUCAAGUGGAAGAUUUUGAGAUUGGUGUCAAAUUUUUGGAUGAUUUGGCGAGUCUAAUGUUGGAAGUCAAAGAUAAAGAUGUGAAACAUGCUGUGAUGGGAUUGUUGGUUGAGAUUCUGUUGCCAGUUGCAGCGCAAAUUAAACGGGAGACGAAUAUUCCGGCGCUGAUUUCGUUGGUAUCGAAAUUGUAUUUGCCGACGAAUGAGAUGACGUCGAAGAAGCAGCAUAAAUUGGUGAGAUUUUCAGAAAUUUUUGAAGGUUUUUCACUAGAAUCUUGAAGCCUUUCAAGUUCAAAACUAGAAAAAACCAAGAUUUCGAAAUGAAAUAUUGUGAAAAUGAGGAUUUUUCUCGAAAUUUCCAGAAAUUCUUAUAAAAUCUGGGCUCAAAAUGUUGAUUUUGAGCCAUUUUUUAAUGAAUUUUUGAAUUUUAAUAUGACGUGGCAAAAGCCUGUUUUUUGUUUUGAAAAUUUUUAAAAUUUAAAACGUGACCUAAUUUUCAAUUUUCAAUGUAAGAAGCUAAAAAGAUGAGGUUUCCCUCAUUUUUUGGUCUGAAAAUUGUUGGAAAUGCUAGAAAUUUUCAAAAUGUGCGUUUUUUUCCAGGAAUUUCUUUAGGUUUUUAUCAGGAAUUUGAAAUUUCCAGAAAAAACUCAAAUUCUAUGUUUUUCAGCCUAAAAAUUCUGAAAUUUUCUUGAAUUUUGAAGGAAAUUAGCUGAUUUUGUCAUUUUUUCCUCAAAAAAUUGAGCAAAACUCUAGAUUUUCAAGAAAAAAGAACUAUGACGUGGCAAAAUGCUCAUUUUUAUUAGAAAAUUUGAAAAAAAACGUGACCUCCAAAAAUUUAAAAAAAAAAAUCCACGUGAAUUUUGAUCAUUUUUGAUUUUUGAAAAUUGGGAAAAGUGUGAGCUUUUGUAGGAUUUUUUGUAGGAUUUUAAGGAUUUUCCAGAAAAAAUUGAAAAAAUUCUAUAUUUUUAAUCUGAAAACUUUGAUAAAAUCUAAAAAUGUGCAAUUUUUUGUCAAAAAUUAAUCAAAGAAUACGGAUUUUCAGCUCAAAAAUUUAAAAAUUGCUUCUGAAAGUUAUAAUCCAAUCUAGAAUAAUCUAGAAAUUCAGAAAAAUCUGAAAAUUUCUCAAAUUUUCUGUUGAAAUCUUGAUUUUCAGUUGGAUUUUGAAGGAAAUAUGCUUCUUUUGUGAGAUUUUCCUAGAAAAUUGAUGAAAAUUUCAGCUUCUCAAAAAUAAUUCUCAAAAAAAUCCCGAAAUUUUCCAGGCCGCAUUCCCGCUUCAAACGUGCCUGCUCUGUGUUUCCCAAAAACACUUUUUCCUCGCCAAUUGGGUGCCAUUCCUCAACAUUUGCCUGUCUCACCUCAAAAAUAAUCAUUUGCAAGUUGCUCGAGUUGCUCUCGAGAGUUUAUACCGGCUGCUGUGGGUUUAUAUGAUUCGAAAUAAUGCGGAUGGAAAUGCGGCAACGCGAUCGAGAUUGGAAUCGAUUUGUGGAAGUUUGUUCCCGAAGGGAAAAUCGAUAUAUUGGUGA